UAGUAGGACCUCUAAUUAUAGUGUUCCCACCUUCAGAUUCCUUUAUAUCAUCCUCUCUCCUUCUCUGUUUCUUCCAAAGAUAUUUUUUUUUUCCAUAAGUAUACGCGUGACCAGACCUAGAUCUUCAUGCCCGUCUAUAUUAUUGUCCAAGAUCAUGUGAUGUUCAACAGUCCAACACUAUAAUGUCUUGACCCUUGUAAUGUUCUUGCUUCUUAUCUUCAGCUUUGUUUUGGAUUUCCCCUAUUAAAAUUCCUCAGAUACUGCAUAUUUAGAGGGGGGAGGGGAGGAGAUUAGAUUUUUAUUGAGUUUGAAUUUGGAUAUUUCCAAGCAUGUCUUUUCCAUGGAAAAAGUUAAAGAAGACAAGUAUAUCUCAAUUGGUGAAGGACCAUGUUCGUUCUCAAACUCCUCUUAUGGUGGAGACUGGUUUCCCCUCUUUCCUUGUGGAUCUUUUUGUCAAGAAUCGUCGAAAGUUCAUGAAAACUUCCAAGAAAAAGAGGCAUCCUCCAGUGGUAGCUGAGCCCCAUUUGAGCUCUCCUUCGACUCCACCUUUUCCAGGAUGUUGCACCAUUGAGAGGUCUCAGUUAAAGGGGUGUCAGGAAAAAGAUGAAAGAUUUGAUCUUGAUGAAGCUGUUGAUAAAAAUAUGGUGUUAAUAGCGCUUCUGAAGAUCUUUCUGGUGGUGGUUUUGGUUUUAGGAACAAAGAAGCUUGUAAUGGGAAUAACAAUAUCAGCUUUCUUGUUGUAUUUCCUUGAACAUUCGGGGGAAUGCGUCUAUAGAUGGCUCAUGCCUGUUGCAGGAGCACAAAGGAAGAGUCUGUUGGUGGUACAACAGGUUUGGAGAUCCUCUGGAGUUAAAAUGGUUGAGUUAGAAGAAAAAGAUUGCGUUUUUAAGGUGCCAUUAUUACAGCAAGAAGAGUUAAGUUCCUCUGAGUCCAGUAGGGAAGGAAUGGACUCAGAGAAAAAAGAGGAAUUGAGAAAUGAUUUGUUGGAAUCCAAGAGAAAGAAAUCUCAGAAAUCCAAGAUGAAAAGAUUUCUUGCAAAGAAGUUCAGAAGGAAGAUAAGUAAUCAGAUGAUCACAAUAAAGGAAAAUGAUGUUAAAACUCAGGAAAAGGAUAAACUUGAUUGUCAAAAGAGCUCUGAAAAAGUGCUUGAUGCAACCAUUGUUAAGGUAGAUAAUUUAGCAAGAAAAGAGCAGAAUUCAGCAAGUAUUGUUCUUCUUUUGGUUGUUCUAGUUGGCCUUACAGGAGGCCGGACUUUCGCCCUUGUAUUUACACUAACAUGGUGCAUGAUGUCAAAACAAGUUUUGCUCAAAACUCUAGUUAGAAUGGUUCAAUUUAUUCCUGGAAAGCUGUGAAUUGCAGACCAUUUUAGAUUAGUUUGGUUUGUUUCUACUGAGAAGUGCUCAACAUUUUGGUUGACCACUUAGGUGGAGAUUUUUGUAUUGUGUCUUGUAAAGGUUCUGAUACAAGAGAUUUAAAUUUGUCAUAUAGAGAAUCAUAUGCUGCCUUGUCUUGCCAAAUAACAAAGACCAUAUAAUGCAUAAUUAAUGUUGUUGUCUUGUA